AGUAAAACUGUAAAUGUCACAAUCAGCAGCGCCGCUUCUGCCCUCCAAUGCUGGACUCAUUCCCCACAUGCUGAGUAGCAGCGUGUCGGAUCCUGCACAGAUUUUUAAUGCCUCUUUAGGCUACACAGCGUCGGUUCUCUGUUGUUUGGUGUUUUUAAACGCAGUCUGCGGUCAUGGAGUGUCGUGUGUUGUCCAUUCAGAGUCAUGUUGUCAGGGGAUACGUUGGGAACAAGUCGGCAACAUUCCCGCUGCAGGUGCUGGGCUUUGAAGUGGACUCCAUCAACUCUGUGCAGUUCUCCAAUCACACAGGCUAUGCCCACUGGAAAGGACAAGUCCUGACGGCAGAGGAGUUGAAUGUGCUGUAUGAAGGUAUCAAGCUCAAUAAGGUGACCCACUAUGACUACAUCCUCACAGGGUACAGCAGGGACACAUCUUUCCUAGAGAUGGUGGUUGAUAUUAUUCAGGAGCUGAAGAAGGUCAAUCCCAGCUUGGUGUAUGUUUGUGAUCCUGUCAUGGGAGACCACGGUGCUAUGUAUGUUCCAGAGAACCUGCUGCCAGUCUACAAGGACAAAGUAGUGCCUUUGGCCGACAUCCUCACCCCUAACCAAUUUGAAGCAGAGCUGUUAACUGGGAGGAAAAUAAACACAGAGGAAGAUGCUAUUGAGGUGAUGGACUUGCUUCAUAAAAUGGGUCCAGAGACUGUGGUCCUCACUAGUACGGACCUACCCUCCAAAAAUGGGGACCAGUUCCUGGUGGCUCUUGGGAGCCAAAAAACAAAAAAACCAGAUGGGACCAACACCAAUCAGAAAAUUUGCAUGGACAUCCCCAAAGUCGAUGCUGUAUUUGUGGGAACAGGAGACCUUUUUGCUGCUAUGUUGCUAGCCUGGACUCACCAUCACCCCAAGGACCUGAAGGCUGCCUGUGAAAAGACUGUUUCAGUCAUGCACCAUGUCAUUAAGAGGACCAUUACUUACGCUAAUGAAAAAGCCGAAAACCAAAAAUUGCCCUUUGACUUCUGGUUGACUCGUCAACCACAGUCCAAAAACCAGGUGUUUUCCUUCAACUGCUCUUCAUCUGUCUUUCAGAGGUGGCUGGCCCUGGGAAUAGGCCCAGUCCUGCACAACUGGAGCUGAGGAUGGUUCAGAGCAAAGCCGACAUUGAGAAUCCCACCAUCGUAGUGCAGGCAAAGGUUUUACAGAAGUCUUCAUAACGAAGACAGUAGCAUUUCUGUGAACAUUCAUAUUGUGCUGGUACGAAUCUGCGUCACAUCUGGGCAGUCUGCCAGACACAUAUAGGAUUUUCACAUCAAAGACUGUCACGUGUCUCUGCCUUACAGAAUCUUUGAAGGAGUACAACUGUGUUUUCAGAAGUGGUCAGCAGGAUUUGUUGUACGUACGUUCUGCUCACAAACACACUGGUAUCACUGCCAUAUGUGUCUGUACUAUGGCCUGUGUAGACAUUCUCUGCCCUUGAUUCAAAAUAAAAAAAAAGGACAUCAGCCAACUAUGUUUAGGUUUAAGAUAGUGUAAAUGUACUCUAAUCCUCCUUGACAUAGUGAAAAUAAGUUCUUGCUGUAAAACAAUUCAUUCCAGUUAGGAUGAAUAGGAAACCAGUAAUGUAUGCAUGAACAUGCCUCCACUUGUUUUGACUAUGGUACGUCAGGAGUCGUCACACAUACUUCCAGUGUGAUGCUCACAAGGCAUUAUAAGCACUUCAGUUUACUGUCUGUAAUAAAAUGAAAACACUCUGGCUUAGGCCAGAACACAUAGUGCAAAAGCACUAUUCAUAUUUUUCUGAAAUGAAUGCAUGCAGUGUGCUUAAAAUGCACUUGGGUGUUUUGUCACUUCAAGUGUUACCAUCUUACACAUUCACACUGGAUGCAUUAUAAGCGCUGAGAUGUUUAUUGUAACUCCCACAAAAUGUCAAACAUCUUAUGCAAUCAAUAUGUAGUCCAGUUUCGUUGUUCCAAAUUAUUUCACUUUGUUUUAUUUUUGACAAAAACUAACUUUAAUGAUAAUCAUGAUAAUAGCUGAUGUCAAAAAUUGUUGUUUUAAUCAAUUUUCUGAAAAGGUUUUUCACCUCGUUUUUAAUUCUGCGAUGCUUUCUUAAACUAGCAAAUGUGUAACAUGUUAGAUCCAUGUCUUAACAUCUCAAAUUGAGGUAUUUGCACAGAUAAUCUUUAAUAUAUUUACAAAUGGUCAUUGUUUUCAGUCUUGAGUGUUGUCAUAUCUCAAGAAAAGAGUCAAGAGACCACGCUGUAUAAUAGCCUUAACGGGGUUAGGAAGGCUAGGAGCACUGAUUGUGAAUGUUUUUGUGUGCUAACAACUGAUCCUCACACAUAAUGUUAGAAUGUCAAGUGCCAAACCUUUAGCCACUGCUCUGAUAUAGAGCAGUAUAAGAACAGAAAUAAUAAAAUUACUAAUCUUUUACUCAAA